ACAAGUAUAAAAGAAGGAUUACUACUGAAGCAAACCAGUUCUUUUCAGAGGUGGAAAAAGCGUUAUUUCAAACUUCGAGGUCGUACCCUUUACUAUGCUAAGGAUUCAAAGUCUCUAAUAUUUGAUGAAGUUGACCUGUCAGAUGCCAGCGUAGCUGAAUCAAGCACAAAAAAUGUCAACAACAGCUUCACGAUAAUCACUCCAUUUAGGAGGCUAAUAUUGUGUGCUGAGAACAGAAAAGAAAUGGAGGACUGGAUAAGCUCUCUGAAGUCCGUUCAGUCCAGAGAACACUAUGAGACCGCACAGUUUAAUGUGGAACAUUUCUCAGGGAUGCAUAACUGGUACGCCUGCUCCCAUGCCCGACCUACCUUCUGUAACGUGUGUAGAGAGAGCCUCUCUGGAGUCACUUCUCAUGGCCUGUCUUGUGAAGUGUGUAAGUUUAAAGCACAUAAAAGAUGUGCUGUCCGCGCAACAAAUAACUGCAAAUGGACUACAUUAGCUUCAAUUGGAAAAGACAUCAUUGAAGAUGAAGAUGGUAUAGCUAUGCCUCACCAGUGGUUAGAGGGUAACCUGCCUGUCAGUGCCAAAUGCGCAGUCUGCGACAAGACUUGUGGCAGUGUUUUACGCCUGCAAGAUUGGAAGUGCCUUUGGUGUAAAGCUAUGGUUCACACUGCCUGUAAAGAUCUGUAUCCUCGUAAAUGUCCACUUGGCCAAUGUAAGGUAUCGAUCAUACCUCCAACAGCACUAAACAGUAUAGACUCUGAUGGUUUCUGGAAAGCCACAUGCCCGCCAUCCUGUGCCAGUCCUCUUUUAGUUUUUGUUAACUCAAAGAGUGGAGACAAUCAGGGAGUAAAGUUUCUUCGUCGAUUCAAACAGUCGUUAAAUCCAGCUCAGGUGUUCGAUUUAAUGAAUGGAGGACCUCACUUAGGUUUGCGGUUAUUUCAGAAGUUUGACAACUUCAGGAUUCUUGUUUGUGGUGGUGAUGGAAGUGUGGGUUGGGUCUUGUCAGAAAUCGAUAAGCUCAGCUUGCACAAACAGUGUCAGUUAGGAGUGUUACCCCUCGGUACUGGAAAUGACCUUGCUCGUGUCCUUGGUUGGGGAGGAUCCUGUGAUGAUGAUACGCAACUUCCUCAGAUUUUGGAGAAACUAGAACGAGCCAGCACAAAAAUGUUAGACAGGUGGAGUAUAAUGUCAUAUGAACUGAAAUUACCAGCAAAGCCUUCUAUUCUUCCAGUGACUGCAGAAGAGUCAGAGGAAUGCCAGAUAUCUGCUUAUGAGGAUUCAGUUGCUGCUCAUCUUGCAAAAAUUCUCAAUUCUGAUCAGCACUCAGUUGUCAUAUCAUCUGCCAAAAUAUUAUGUGAAACUGUAAAGGACUUUGUUGCCAAAAUAGGGAAGACUUACGAAAAACCAAUGGAAAAUGCAGAAGAAGCUGAUGCUAUGGCCAUUAAAUGCUCCGAGUUAAAUGAGAAGCUAGACCUAUUGCUCCAGGCUCUUCACACAGAAGCCCAGGCUGCUCCCAUUCUCCCAGGCAUCACUCCCCCCAUUGUAGAAGAAGAAGCAGAGGAGUUUUCAAGUGAAGAAUCCUUGUCUGAAAGUAAAGAGCAGUUAGCAGAGUGUGUCUCAAAGUCUUCCACCCAGAAACUCUUCAAACCAAGGGAACAAUUAAUGCUCCGGGCAAACAGCUUGAAGAAGGCUGUGAGGCAGAUCAUUGAACAAGCAGAAAAAGUUGUGGAUGAGCAGAACGCUCAUAGUGAAGAACAAGUGAACCAGUCUCCACUAGAAUAUAACAAAGAAUUGGAUGAAUCCAAAGAAGAGGAGAAAGAGGAAGAUACAAAGGAACUUGAGUCCAUAUCAAUUAAAACUGCACCAAGAUCUCCAGAUCGACGUACAAGCCGAGGUAUCCAUUCCCAGACAGGCUCUUUCUCUGCUCCAGCUUUGGCUGCAAGCAAGGAGAACCUCCCAGUGCUUAACACUAGGAUUAUCUGCCCAGGUUUGAGGGCUGGUCUAGCUGCUUCUAUUGCAGGAAGUUCAAUUAUUAGCAAAAUGUUGCUAGCAAACAUCGAUCCAUUUGGUGCUACGCCAUUUAUUGACCCGGAUCCAGACUCCUUGGAGGGAUAUUCAGAAAAAUGUGUUAUGAACAACUACUUCGGAAUUGGGUUAGAUGCAAAAAUUUCACUAGAAUUUAAUAACAAGCGAGAAGAGCACCCUGAAAAGUGCAGAAGUCGGACAAAAAACAUGAUGUGGUAUGGAGUUCUUGGCACAAAAGAGCUACUGCAGAGAACUUACAAGAACUUGGAACAAAAAGUUCAACUUGAGUGUGACGGGCAAUACAUCCCCCUUCCAAGUCUGCAGGGCAUAGCUGUGCUAAACAUUCCCAGCUAUGCUGGUGGGACUAAUUUCUGGGGUGGAACCAAAGAAGAUGAUAUAUUUGGAGCUCCAUCAUUCGAUGAUAAAAUCUUAGAAGUUGUUGCGGUAUUUGGCAGCAUGCAGAUGGCAGUUUCAAGAGUCAUCAAACUGCAGCACCACAGGAUAGCUCAGUGUCGGUCAGUAAAGAUCACCAUACUUGGUGAUGAAGGGGUUCCAGUGCAAGUUGAUGGAGAGGCAUGGAUCCAGCCCCCAGGAGUUAUUAAGAUCAUACAUAAAAACAGAGCUCAGAUGCUAACACGAGACAGAGCCUUUGAAAACACCCUGAAGUCUUGGGAAGACAAACAGAAGUAUGAUUCCUGUAAACCUGUCAUUCGAUCUCCCUUGUACCCUCAGCAGGCUGUUGAGUUGGCUACAGAAGAAGAAGUUGCACAGAUUCAUCUGUGCUCACAAGCUGCAGAAGAACUUAUUACCAGGAUCUGUGAAGCAGCAAAAAUACAUGGCCUCUUGGAGCAGGAGCUUGCUCAUGCUGUUAAUGCAUGUUCACAUGCAUUAAAUAAAGCCAACCCAAGGUUUCCUGAGAGUCUUACCAGAAAUACUGCUAUGGAGAUAGCUGUCAAUGUGAAGGCCCUGCAUAAUGAAACUGAAUCUCUGCUAGUAGGGAGAGUUCCUUUGCAGUUAGAAGCUCCCCAUGAAGAGCUGUUGUCUGAUGCUUUACACAGCGUGGAAAUAGAGUUGAGAAAACUUGCUGAAAUCCCUUGGCUUUAUUAUGUUUUUCAACCAAAUGAUGAUGAGGAUCCCCCUCUGGAUUAUGCUAAAAGAAACAACAGAAGUACCGUGUUUCGCAUAGUGCCAAAGUUUAAAAAAGAAAAAGUUCAGAAGCAUAAGACCAGCCCUCAGCCUGUUCAAAAAUGGGGCACAGAUGAAGUUGCUGCUUGGCUGGAUCUGCUCAGUUUGGGAGAGUACAAAGAAAUCUUCAUCAGCCAUGACAUCCGAGGCUCUGAGCUUUUACAUCUGGAAAGGCGAGAUCUUAAGGACCUGGGGAUAACGAAAGUGGGUCAUAUGAAGCGAAUUCUCCAGGGAAUUAAAGAGCUCGGCAAGAACACCUCUUUGUCUGAAGUAUAAUUAUGGUGGUGCGUCCUUAGAGAGAGAAGGGCAAGUUGCUGGAGAAACAAAGCUGUUGCAGGCACUUAGCUGUCUUUGUAGUUUACUCUAUGGAAGAAUAAGCUCCAGUGUUUGUACAGGCUAGUAUCUCUGAAUUCUUGUAUGGUGAAGAGCUUGCUGCAAGACUACAAAAGGAUUUGUGCCAAAAAAAAAAAAAAAAAAGGAAAAAAAAAGGUGGUAUGUUCUGCGAAGAUGUUUUCUUAGUGUGCAAACUUGGCCAGUUCAGAUAAGCACAUUUUGGUAAAUUGAUUGGUUUAUGGUGAACUGCACUGACUGGAAAAUAUAAUCAAGAAAUGAUUGCUUUGCUUACAUGCAGCUCAGUAUGCCUCUCUUUAUGCUGCAGCAAGAUACCACUGUACAGCAUGAGGUUGCCUGGUUAUCCUUCCAAGGCAUAACUCCAUAAAACCUCCUGUGCAGGAGAUCAGGAGGUUUUGGAGGUUCCACACGUGGGCCUAGCAGUGCCGCAGGUACCCAGCGCUCACUCACUGGCCACGCAGAAGGGAGGACAGAUACCUUGUGAUACCAUGAAUGCAAACUAUAAUGCAUGGUGUGCCUGCCUGAAUUGUCUGUUGUUCUGUUGCAUGACACAUCUGAUACUUUAAACACUUGAACAACUUUUAUAUCGGUUUGAAUGAGAUUUAAUUUAUUACUACUUGAGUGUCUUUUUUUUUUCCCGUUUCAGGCACUUUUCUAUUCUUCAGUGUUGUGUUAUGCCUAAAAUGUGUUCUACAGCAAAGGAUGUGUGGGUGUGGAAACUUAGCAUUUGUGCCAUAUUCAGCAGAUUAUAUGCAUUAUAUAUGAUUGAAACACUGUACAGUUAGAUUUUUAAAUAUACCAUGUACAGAAGGUAUAUCAGGUAACUAACUUAUGAGUAUUUUUGAAAGACCGGUACCUCACAAAAAUAUCAGUUGGCUUCCUGCAUGGAAAAUGAUAAAGAAUUUUCUCAUGGUGCAUUUUAAUGUAGUUAUUCUGUUAUCUUAAACAUCUGUAGCAUAUUUGAACUUUUAGGCACUAAUGGUUUUAUUUAUUCUGUUUAAAAAGCAGGUUUAAAGAUUAAAGAAAAUUUUUUACAGGAAAAUUAAUUCUAUUUAUCAUGCAUAAGAAGAGUUUUAAAAUGUAGCAGCUGAUUUGAUUUUUGUGGGGUAAGCUUUUACUCAUUACUAAUUAACUAUUAAUUUAAAAAUGUCUCUGUAUGCAUUUCUUUACAAAGGUAUCAAUUUGGUUUUUGUCAGCAUUCCUACAUUGGUAGGCCAUAAAAAUUUAAAAAUGAACUCUGAGGUUUUACACUAUGCAUGCAAAGAUGAAUCACAUGCAAGACAGUAAUCCAUGAGUGUCAACAGGUUAAAAAGUGAAAAUCAUCUUUGUUUAGAAAUUCUGUCAAAGCAGAGCUUAUAAGGUUAUUGACAGUUUACUUAAAUGAAACAUAUCUUCAUAAUUGAAUUUCCUGUUUAAUUUUUCAGAAAACUAUUAAUCUAGUAGAAAAAUAAUUUGCAUAUAUCUACAGAGAAACCUACUUAAAUGUUUGAGAUGAGAUGAUAUUGCACCACCUGCCAGAAAACUUGCACGGAAUCGCUGUCUCCUUGCUGUUCCUAACAACGUGUCAUUGCAGCACGAGGAACACUUGACGUUUACUUAGUUGAGUGGCUUUGACAUUACUUACAGUUAAAGAGUAUCUUAAUAUAUAUUUAUGUUUUCCUCAUAGGCAGCAGAGUAAGGUUUCAUUUGUUUAUUGCAAAUCUUAUUUUCCCAUUAAAUGGUUUUGCCCUCCCAUUCUCAUGAGUAUGAUGGGAAUUGUUCCUUGGGAAGUAGGUGGGAAUCAUCCCUUGGAAAGUAAAAUCUAUUCCCCUCAUUGUUUUAUUGCAAAAAAAAAAAAAACACAAAAAAACACCUGAAAGGAGCAAAACAGGCUUUGUUUAUAUCCAAUUAUAGUAGUGUGUGCUCUUGCUGCUGUAGGUUCAACAGGCACCACUCUGGGAGCUCUGUGGACAUAAUUGAUUAUUCUGGUAAACAAAUAAAAGUGAAAGGCUAUGUUCCAUUAGAUUUUCCAUAAAAAAAACAAACCAAAAUCCCUUUGCCAAGUGACAUGAUUUUCAUGCUGUUGUAUGAAAAGCAUAUGCAAACAAUGGAAGUUAGGCAAACAAUGGAAAGAUUAUAUGUUUUUUUUAAUGUACUUGACAUUCUCUGCUUUAAUGAUGUCCAGAUGGCAUCUGUCCAGUCUUUGCAAGUUGUAUGUCCUUUUCUCUCUGUUUCUCCAUAAGCUAUGCUAUAUUUUAAUGUGUGGCAGCAUUCUAAUAUACGGAUGUUACAGUAGACUGUGUAGUUAAUCUUCCUGGUCGAUUCAAGGACAUAGUAUGUGGAAGAACCUACUUUGCUUUCCUGAUUGUAGGAUACACUCUAUUUACAAUUUUCAGCCUUGCUAUAUGCAGUGUGUUAAGACAGGCUAUGGAACAGAUCUCUUCAGGUCACUGUAGAGUUCUACACUGAGCAUCUUAAAAAAUGGGAGCUGCUUUUAGGGAGGGAAAAUGGGCAAAUGUUGUUUGUAAGGCAACUUUCAUAGGGCACUCCUCAAAUUACCUCAGUAUAGGACAACUGAUCAAUUGUCUUUGUACAGUUGGUUUGUUUUGUUUUUAAAUGACCAAAGAAUUUAACUUUGAUUGUCCUAAGCAGAUGGUUUUUUUAAACAUGCAAGGAGAAAUAAAAAUUGGAAGCAUCAUUUAUGUUGUAUUUAUUAGAUGCCCAAGAGAGCAAAUUUUAUGCAACCCUAUGCCUUAGACUAAUGUUGGCUAUCAAAUCCAAAUGCAUCUGACAAGGAGACUCAAAAUAUUUCAUGGGCUUUCUCUGCCAAGGUCAUGGGUCAUAACUCUUGUUUAGUGAUCUGGCUUUUCUACAGACAGACUUUUGAACACAGUGUUACUAUCAGAUGAUUAUUAUAAUUUCCAAGUAUCAUUUUUUUUCCUUACUGUUGUAAAAGUCCCAGCUCCCAGAUCUAAGGACACCCAUAGCUACAUUUUUAACAAACUGAAUUCUUUAUAAUUUAAUCCUGAUGUUUAAAGUGCUUCAAAGCAUACAUCCCAGUGUUUCAACAAAAAUAAGGUAAGCACAUGCCCCUAAAAGUAGUUAGUUUUUUAGAAAAGAAUUUAUCCCAAUAGAUCUUGUGGACCCCAAUUCAACAUGCUAGAUUCAUCAAGAGUCAGUCAGCAUACCUUAAAAUCUGAAAGGAAUACAGCACAAACAUCAUUUUUUUGAAGUGGCUGCUAUUCAUAUAGAUGAAGUACCCUACACCUCAGAAAGAGGAAGAGGAGAAAUACAUGUUUUAAAAUGGCAGCAGAUUGCUAAGUGCAUGUUUCUGUUUUGUCAUUUUCUAACAGGAUUUUCCCAGUUCACUGUAUUCAAUUGCUGUAGCAACCUCUGACUCCGGUCAUGCAAGUAUUGCCUUUAUAAUGCCUAAUGCCUUCUUAGAAACAGAAUGAAAUCAGGCAGAGUCAUGGUUGUAGGUGUUGAGGAUUUUUUACAACACUUUAAAGCAAAAACUUUUCAAAAAUGAAAUUUUUUGUAUGAUGGCAAUUGCAACUUUUCUUUAUGACACAUUUUUAUGUACUUAACCAUUAUUUUUUCUCCCAAACAUCUCUUUCUUUCAAAGAAAAAUAUUUUAAACUUGAAAGAACAGUAAAAUGUAAAGAGUGUGAUCAAAAAUCCUACCAGACUACUUCAAUCCAGUAUUUCUUACUGUGGGACUGGAGUAAACAUGCUUGGUCCUGUAAAUAAUAAAUAGGAAUAAUUUUCUCUCUCCAUCCCUGCCCAAAAAGAUUAAUACUGCAUUGUUGUGUGAGUGUAAUUCAAACAAGAGGAAUUAGGUUUUUUAUAAUGGCCCAUUUCAUAUUUUCCUAUGCUUUUUGUAGAAAAAUAGAUCAUCUGCUAAUUUUGACUUUUUAAUUGAACUCAGUGAUGCUAAUUCACUUAAUGAAAAUUUCAUAAUGCCUUGAUAAUGAACAGAUCUUAUUUCAAGGGUGAACUUAUCAGGGUUUUUCAGUACAUCUAGUCUUCCUUUUGGAAAGACUGGCAGGAGACCUUCUUCACAUGUAAUGGAAAAUUAAUAUAUAAAGUAAAUAUGAGAGGAUGUUCCAUAGUCCCACUUUAAAAAUAGAUGUAAAACUACAUAUUAUACCUCGGUAAUUCCACAAUGGACAUGUAAGACAAAAACCCACUCAGUGAUUUCAUUUUGCUUGAUGCUUCCUAUUAAUGAUUGCAUUACUAAUGUUUGCUACUGUUUCUCCAUUGUUCUCUCUGUGCCCCUAAGUAUUAAGUUCUUGCACAUAAGUUUGACAGCUCUGGUAACUAAUAUUUAGUAGUGCAAAAAGUCUUUGUGAAAGGUAAAAUCACAAGUGAUGUAUAUUGUUGAGGAUAACUGAGCUGCAACAAUAUAUUUAGCUUACAACCAGGAAAUCAUCUUGUCACUUGUGUAAGUACAUGAAAGCCACAGAAGAUUAUAUGAGUAAUUAUAAACUUAUUUUUUCACCCCAAUAACACAAGUACCUCUCAACUGCAGUGUUCUGAGUGUUACGUUUAUACCACAGGCUCUCCCUUUUUUUUGAUUCUGUUUUCAUAGAUUGUAUGUUUUGUGGUAUGAUAUUCAUAUCAUCGAGGUUUGAUGCUGCUUAUUCUAACUGCAAAGAUUUCAUGUUUGCAGGAACUGUACAUGACUGUAUUGCUGUCUUAAGUAAAAGGAGGAGUUUUUGAUGACUUCAGGAAGCUGAAGAGUUUGGACAGGACUUAAAAUUAUCUCUGCUGCCUCUUCAGAGAUAAAUAGUAGUGUCAGAAGGAUUGAUAAAGCAUCAUUUGGUAAUUAUCAAUAGAAGAUCUUUACUGGUUGUAUAAAUUCCUGUGUUUAUAUAUAGAAUAUAGUGUGGAACUUGAUCUUUUUUACAAAAAGAAAAAUAUUUUCUAGUUCUUUUCUACUACUGUUGCAUUAGGUUUAAUAGCUCUGUUAAAGGUUAGCUUAUGUACUUGAACUACUCGUUUCUGCCAUACAGAAGCCCAGUCUGUUUCUCAGAAAUUAUAUUCUGUUUGGAAGCCAUCUGGAGUCUUCCAGGAAACUACUUCUGUAGCCAGUUGGAACUAAUACCAAAAUACAUAGCAACUUCUGUAGACUUAAUAGUGGUAGCCCUCAAAAUUUUAACUGAAAAAAAAAAGGUUUUGAAAGGUUGGGGUUUUUUUUCAGUCUGUAGCAUUAAACUUAAAACAUGAUCCCCUUAUCAUCUGUAAAUAGUACUGUUAACACUUUGGCAAACUAACAAAAUGCUGGCAAUUACAGAUGCCAGAGAUUCCUGGACAAAUUGUAAUUAAUUUAUCAGUAGUGGUGAAAGACCUACCACCUUCAGAGCAGUCAACAGAAAAUUCAUACAUGUACACGGUAGAAUUAUAAAUGUCUAUUUUGAAUAAUUGAAGACUUUGUCUCCCAGUUGACAGAAACACUUUUUAUUUAAACUCUUUGGUGGGAUUUUGAGUUCAUAUAACCUAUUGCUUAUGUUAGUGAGGGAAGAAGAAACUGGUGCAAAUUAAUUUUUAACACAGGUCAUGUCUCUAUUAAUGUUCCCACACUGCUUCCCAGCUCCUGUGUCUGGAUGACUUCCCAGCCGCUUGGCAAGAUGAGACCCUUGCAAGUCUUCCCCAGUUCUUUUCAGAAAAGCUGAACACGCAGGCUAGGAAAAAGCUGUAGGAUGCUCCAGGAGAGCUAGGUUGACCAGGGCUUCCAAGUUCCAAAGACUAGCAUAGCUAUGGUGGACUAAAAUCCUUUAAAUUAUACUCUUGCAAUCCCUGCCGAAAGCUAUAUUUGGCUUGCCAUACCACUAACAAUUAACACUAGCUACUGGCAUGCCCUUGGAAAGACAGGCAUUUUAGCUAACUCCAGCAGCUGUGUAAGACUUUUGAAAAUACUAGAAAUUGUGGUAGCUAUUAGUAGGACAAGUAUGGAAGUGAUUAAUCUACAUUUUGUUCUAUGGAAAAAACACUUCGGAAAAAUACAUUUGUAGUGUGAUUGAAAGAUUAGUGUUAAGAUUGAAAAGAUACUGAAGGUAAAAGCAACAUGGUACAAAGUUUAAAGUAAUUUGAAAUUAUUAUUUUUUCAGAUUCUUUGGAAACAAUUCUUUUAGGAAGCUGUGUUUGAUCCAGGCAUAGCUGUGUUAUACUAUAGCAUGUGGACUGGAAGAUGAAACCAGGAAGAAAUGAACUAAAAGUAAAACUGAGUAGUUUGUUUUCAUGUUGGAAAUAAAAUUCACACCAUGCCCCAGAUCCCCACUAUGAAUAUUUAAAGUGAAUUAGCAUUUUAAGUCUUACUUUUAUUAAACUAAAGUAUUAAUUGGAUAGAAAAACUUAUAGUUUAAUUACUAACCUGACAAUGUCAUUAAAAGGGAAAGAGUUACAGAUAUGACUAUGUUUUUCUCCCCAUGUUAGCUGAGGUAAAACCCUGUUUGGGACUAACUCUCUUUGUAAACGCGGAGGUUGAAGAAAGCCAUUUGAAGCUGCUUGGUCUUGCUUUUCCGGGACAAGGAGAGCACAUGUGCUGACAAGUAGGAUCUGGGGGCUUUUCAUUAAAAUUUUAAGAAUAUAAGAUUUUCUAUUGGGACAGAUUGUGAAGGUUUACAACAAGCACACAGGCAUGUGGAUACUCACUGUGAAGCUUUCUAGUGGCACUGUCCUCUCACAAGAUGUCUUCUCUAUAUUGCAAUAAGCGUUUGGACUGUACUGCUUAGCCAGAUUUCAGAGGAUUUUCUACAGGCAUCUGUUACUUGUGGUGUCUGUACUUUCUGUCCUGGAUUUCUGUCUCCUUAAAACAUGUACUUUGAACAAUGCAUUUCUCCAUAUAUGUCAAAAAUUACCAUUUUUCCCCUUAAAGAAGACAGCUUGUGAAUUUGUCCUGAAAAAGCUAGCCACUCCCUUACAAUCAUGUCCAUUGAAUCCUAGAAGAGCUGAAACAUGGGACUUCCCUAGAGCUGUCAGUUGUAUAUCUAGUAAUUUAGUUUGCUGAAACUUGUAUGUUGGGUGGAUCAUCAAAGGGCAAGGUAUUAUUCACAGCAGAAGAUGAGAUGUGCAAUAGAUGGGAUUUGUACAUAAAGAGUACAAGCCGUUGAGGACCUUCUGAGAGGUGAAGAGGGCUUGAUCUCUGCAACAGAUAUCUGGUCCUUCUUCAUUUCUGCUAUCACACUUGAAUCAUUUAACGCCAUCUAAUAAUAACAGCUUCCUGUCUUAAUUCACAGUGAUAGCAAACAUAUCAGUUAGGAAUAACAAAACUUGUCACUGUUGUAACUGUAUGUCCAGAGCAGGUAUCUUUAAAUGCUGAGCACUGUGGAAUCUCAUGACUGUACUUGCAGUAUAUGUUCUGGCAUUUAAAAAAGCAAAUUUAAUCUAAAGGUAUUUUAAAGGUCCUGAGACCAACAUGGGUGAUUUCUCUCAUUAGUCAGGCUUGUCACUAAAAUUAGUAUUCUGGUCAAGUACAGCUGUUAGUUAAUUCUGUAUUAACAUCCACUUACUUGCAUGAAUGAAUGCAUAAAGUGCACAUGGAAUUGUUGCAGAGAUGUGACACUGUGUAGUUUUCUCUAACUCAUAUUUGUGUCUGACAUGUUUUGUAGCAAAAACCUGAAACACACAAUUUCUACCCAAUUCAAAAACAUAGUCAAUAGAAAAUGAAAACAUCUAAUGUGAUCCAUACUGGUUUAGGUAAAAAUUGCUGCAUGCUCUGUAGUUUCUGCCCUUUGUUUCCUCUGUUCACUCCACAGGAAAAUUCAUCAUCUUUGCAAACAUGCAGAUCAGUUGGGAUUUAGGCAUGUGCUUUAAACAGCACUUCAGUCCCCCUUGGAGAUUGCUCAUGUAUUUUAGUUUUAGCAUUUAUGUGUAAGCCUACAAAGGUUUUGCGUAGGUAGAAACUCUUCAUGCAUAAAAGUUAACAUCAGACUGACCAUCGGUAGACUUUUAAAUGCCAUACCUAUGAAUGUUGUUCUCUUGCCAGUAUUUACAUGUGCAUGUGUGUAUAUAUGUAGUAUUUAGUUUGCAGUGUGUAUGUGCGUGCACACCUGUACAUAUAUAUAUGUAUAUACGUACCCUGGUUCUGCCCAAUAUAACGAUGCCAACUUGUGUGUAGAGCCAAAAAAACUUAAAACUAUACAAUGCUUGAGAUGCUGCAUUGUUUUUAUUAUAGUAUUUUUUAUAUCAAAUGAAUUGCAAGAUGUUUACAGAUGCUUACAGAUGCUGAUUAAUAUUUAACUUAUACAAUAGAGUGGCAGGAUGUUUGUGAUUGUUGUCAGCUAAAGAAUUGUAUAUGAUUCUGGGUGAGAUUUUGGCUUUGAUGAAAUCCUUGGCAAAACUCCCAUUGAUCUCACUGGGGCCAAGAUUAAACCCCUCUGAAUCUAUUGUUUACUGGCUAUUUUCCUACUGUGAUAAUUUUUUUUAAAUGAGUGAAAUGUAUUUAUUUUUUUCCCAAUGUGAAAUCUGCAGUUCCUAUUUGGAUUUUUCUACAGAACCUGCAAGCUACAACACAGGUGGGAAUAUAUGCCUCAGAGAAUAUACAGAAUUUUUCAUUGGUCUGGUCCUUGAAUAUAUCUAAGAAAAUACCUUCUAAAAUAGCUUUUGUAAGAUUUAAUACAGAAUCUUCUAAAACCAGAUCACCCUUCAUACCUCUUUCUACAAAGAGAACAUGCAGCAUGGCAGGUGAAAAUGAAGAACUAUUUAUUGAUGAAUAAAAUACUGGUUUCAUACAGCUCACAUGGCUCUGCAGAUCUGGAAUGAGACACUUGAAGUACCAUAUCCAGAAGUACCUUAUCAGAAAAAAAAAAAAAAAAAAGCUAUAUAGUAUAUGGCUUUAAACUUCUCAUCAAGACAUGGAGGUAUCUUCAGAGCCAGUCUAGAGAAUGAUUCUUUUAUUUCACAGAUUAAUAACAUUAUGACAAUAUUAAGUGAUAAGGCAAAUCAGACAACUGCUUGACAUUAGAGAAAUCACUUGUUAAGUAACAGAAGGAUCAGUUCUUCAAUAGAACCAAGGAGGAAAAAUACCUUAAUGCAGCGCUUCCUAAAUCCCUUUCCAGGGUAUCUUUUAAUUGCAUACACUCUUAAGUAUAUUCUUCCUGAAAAAAAGACACAAGGCUGUGAAACAGCUGAACAGAUGCAUCUUAAUUUCUUCAUUUAAAGCUAAAAAUAUCAUUUUCAAAUGAGCUAUCGUGCACUUUGAAAUAUAUGUGUCUGGAACAGGUAAGUUUGUAUUAAUCAUAGAUAGUCAUCCCACAGAUACAGUAGGAUUUGUAAAAUUAGGUAGUUAUGCCAAUGUUAUCAAAAGCUGAAGAAAUAGCAAGCCAGUCGUAUUCUCCCAUGAGGCUUUCUGAAGUCAUCUGUGCAGAAUGCCCACCACUUGCAGGAUUCUUUUGCUGUAAUUUUGUUUUAAGAAAGGAUCAUAUUCAGAUUCUUAUGCUUCCCCUUGCUAAUAAGGAAGUAAAUAUGCACCUUGGCUGAACUUUCCAGGAGUUUGUUGGCUAUAGAAACAGACCUCAAAAGCAUGAACAGUCAAGGCAGCCAGUAGACUCAUGGAGGAUACACAGGGCUCUGCCUGGGCUCACUGGCCAGCUAAUGUGGAUCUGAUUACAAAUUUGGGGGGAAAAAAGCUCCUAUUGUGCUCCUGCUGUGGUCAGUGGCAAACCUCCAUGGUUAUUAGUGGGAGCAGAUGGGCACCCAAGUGAGCAGAGAACUUCCUUUUGCAUGUUCAUUAUCUUUCUGUAAUUAUAAUCAGGACUGGAGUUCAGGACACACCAUUAUUUGUCUGAAAGGCCAGGACAAGUAAAGGAUAUGCGAGGAAAUGAGGAGGAAGUGGCUGGAGGUCUGGCUUCUGCCUUUAGUUUCCUGCCACAGAGCUGGUGCAAGACUGGGGGCGACUCAGUUAGUUAACCUUUGUGUGCCUCACUUUCUCCGCCCGUGGGAGUAAGGAUGCUUUCCACCUUUGUACAGCCCCCUCGAGACCUGUAGGAGAGCAGUGGUAUAUAAGCAGCUAAGUUUUACUGACACUAUUAUAUGUAGUAUAAAUAAAUUACUUUUGUCCGUAACACUGCAAAAAUUGCUUUUCCUAGUUUCAGUUCUGACUAUUUGAUGACCUACUAUAUUCUAGGUAGUCAGUUCUGAAGCUUAGCAAUUGCUCUAGUACUUACAAUUACACACAUAGCGGGCUCUGUUUGCUGCAGAAAAGAGUAAAACUUUAAACUGCCUGACAAAACUUGCCAAUGAAGUAUAUCUAACAGAGCAGGGGUGUAACUUUUGGCUUUAUUUACUUGUAAUAAUGGUAAGGAACAGUGAAUUUUGUUUGUUUACAUACUGUUUACAAUGGCACAGUUUUAUUUUUAAUAUAUAAAAAAACAAUUGAGGUAUUUAUUGCAUAUACUAUUUUAAAGAUGUUUUAUGUGUUUUCACCUUUGGAAUAUAUUGUUACAUUUCCUUGUACAGAUAAUUUGGGUGGCUUUGUUAAUAUAGUUAGUAAUUUUUAUGACUACUAAGUGACCAGUUUUCCGUGCCUUUUUAUUGUUGGAUGCAUGAUACAUAUUUAUUAUUGUAUGGAAGUCACUGAGAUGUGUAUUUUUGUAUUCUGCUGGAAGCAAUGGUUGAUUUUAUUGUACAUGAUAAGAGAUGCCUUCCAUAACAGGCACUCGUAUGAGAUCUUCCUUCUCAAAUAAACAGAAUGCAUUCAAUGUA